CCGAAGCUCUGAUGCUCCAGACCUUCAUGGGGUGUCGAGGCGCGCUGAACUUUGGGGACUUGGCAAAGGCGUGCAGACGCCCGCGCGACUGGAUUCCCACAAACGCUCAGGGCUGGUUUGACCUUUAGGAGAGUUGGAGGGGGGGAUAGCAGGAAUCUCGGGCAGAUCGAUCUCCUGUCUUUCACUGAGCGAGCAGCCAGGAGUUCUGGAGCGUGUCCUCGGAGGAAGCCCGGAGAUCCCCGAGCUGUCCCCCAGCCGGCUCAUCGACACCGCCCAGCGAGCCGCAUUAAUUCUGCGCUGCGAGAGAGGCGAGUUCAGACAUACUCCUGCCGCCUUCUCCUAAACUUUGACCUGCUCAGGUCGCCCUCAGGGUCCCCGCGGAGGGCACAGGCGGGGACAUGGCUACGAGCUCCAAGAGCCGAAUGGGCUCUUCCCUUCGCAACCCGGCGCCGCCCGCGUAGCAUCCUCUACGCUGACCUCCCGCGCUGCGGCGCCGAACCCUGGGCCAGAGCCAAGGCAGUUCUCAGAGGUGCGGAAAGCGACGGCAACCCCGGAACCCAAGGGUCCGUAUGGCCACCGCCCGCGGGCAACUGCUGAGCGCCACGGAGCUUGCGGGCUGUGCCCGGGGCUCCGAGCGGCUCUGAACUGCGGUGCCGGCCGACGUCGCCCUCGCGGGGCCGCGGAGGGUCAGGGACCCGAAGAACAGAGGUGGUGGUGGCAGCUAAUCCUCCCCCAGGGCGAUGUGGCCAGCCGGCGCCGGCACCAAGCUGCCCUGUCCCCGGGACUCCGCGCUCCGGCGGGCGGCGUUCUCCGGGAACCUUACCGCCCUGCCUUCUCACCUCGUACCCGCCGGCCGCAGCGUCAGAGUCUUCAUCAGCGCCAACCCUGAAGACACAGGAGCAGAACGGCAGGCACUAAGAGAAACUGUGUAUCCCAAACUGCGAGAAUUUUGCAGAGAAAAUUAUGGAUUGGAAUUCCAGGUCAUAGAUCUGUACUGGGGAGUUGAUGAAGAUGAAUGGGACAGCCCUGAGCUGCAGAAGAUGCGCAUGAAGCUGCUGGAGGAAUGCUUGAAGACUUCUGCAGGUCCAUGCUUUGUUGGACUUUUGGGUGAAAAAUACGGGAACAUUCGAAUCCCGGGGGAAGUUGAAGCUUCAGAGUUCGAAAUGAUUUUGGAUGCUGCCGUUGAGGCCAAACUAGAGACAAAGUUACUGGAGGAUUGGUACUGUCGGGAUGAGAACUGUGUGCCCGCAGCCUAUUACCUCAGACCCAGGCUAGAGGUGACGAGAAGCAACAAGAACUCAACGCAGUCUUCCGCCGGUCCUGAAAACGAGAGGCCAUGGCAAGAGAUAUCAGACGAAAUCAAAACAAUCUUUAAAGCUGCCGUGAAGCUGCUGCAUGAGCAGGGUAAAAUGAAGCACAGCCAGGCUAAGAGGUACCUGUUCUCAGCUAUCGAGGAUGAGUUUGACUUUGCCCUGGGCAAGCAAACUCCAGCGUUCCUGAAGAAGUGUGUGUGCUACAUCAGGAAGAUCGCAAACAUCGAGCGCUUUGUGAAAAUCCCAGAGAUGGGGAAAUACAUGGACAUAACUGGAACGGAGCCCAGAAUCAUUCGUGACCCGGAAGCUCAGGAGAAGCUGAUAAAACUCCGGGAUGAAUUUAUUCCUACCAUCGUUGCGUCCUCCAACCUGAGAGUAUACACAUCUGUCACUCACUGUGACAUGAAACUGGGCUAUUCCCAGGAGAUAGAGAAUCAUUACAUAGAAGGGCUUGGUAAGCAAUUUUAUGAGGACAUGAUUGACAUAAUUCAGGCCACAGUGCAGCAGAAUUUCGACACAGAGACUGAUACGCUGUAUGAUGAAAUUCUUCAGCACUCUUCACUAUGUAAAACAUACGCCUCCUUCUAUGAAUACAAAUGUGAAUCGCUAAACAUCUUGCAUAAAUACGUCCUGCCGAGCAAGACCGGGCCCAUCAACCCCCUGGUUGUGUAUGGUGGACCAUGCACGGGGAAGACUCUCCUGCUAGCUGAAGUAGCAAAAAAGGCUUAUGGCUGGCUACAUGAAGACACAGGGCCAGACGCUGACCCGGUUGUCAUCGUGAGAUUUCUCGGGACAACAGACAUGAGUAUUGAUCUGAGGACACUCCUUCUAAGUGUUUGUGAACAGCUGGCAGUCAACUACAGGUGUCUGGUUCAAAACUAUCCUAAGAAGAUCCAUGACCUCCGUGACUUAUUUAUCAACCUGUUGAAUGAGUCCUCACUGCAGAGACCUCUGGUGAUAAUAUUUGAUGCCCUAGAGCAGCUCUCAGAGAGCGACGACGCGAGGAAGCUCUGGUGGCUACCUGCUCACCUUCCCCGGUUCGUGCGGAUCGUCCUCUCCACCCUGCCCAAUAAACAUGGAAUCCUGCAGAAACUAAGGUGCCUUAUCCAUGAAGAAGACAACUACAUUGAGCUGGUUCCCCGGGACAGAAAGAUGUGCAGCCAGGUCCUCAAACACCAGCUGUUGAGGGUCAAAAGGAAGGUCACCUCAGGCCAGCAGAUUUAUGUCAACAACGCAUUCUCCAAGUGCACUCUGCCUAUGUUCGUGAACCUGACUUUCAGGGAGGUGAGACAUUGGCGAUCUCACAAGGAUGUAGAUGAAUCCUCCCUCUGUGUGACUGUCCAUGAAAGUAUAGAGCAGUUAUUCUGGUCCUUGGAGAAGAAGUGUGGUCAAAAGCUGGUCUCCAGAGCUCUGGGUUACAUCACCAUGGCCAAAAUGGGUUUGAGCGAAAUGGAGCUGGAGGAUGUGUUAGCUCUAGACAACAGCGUUAUGAAUGAACUCAAUGAGAACUCCAGACCCAGCAAUCCCCUGAGAGUACCUUACCUGUACAUCGCAAGGCUCAAGGGGGGUCUCAAUGGAUACUUGAUAGAGAGGCACGUGAAGAAUGUCACACUCUUAGUCUGGGCCAACAGACACCUGCAGCUCAUAGCUCAGAAGCUGUAUCUGCAGGAGGACAGAAACCUUCGUGAGAUGCACACGAUCCUGGCUGAUUACUUCCUAGGCGUGUGGUCGGGAGGCAGGAGGAAAGCGUUCUGCCUGGAAGACCCCUAUGUGAACGGCUGCCUCGACUUAGAGAACAGAAGCCUGCUGGAGGAAGAAAAACACUUCAUGGAGCAAGCAUCCUUUGACAGGCAGGCCCCGGAGCAGCCCUGGGUUUUCCAGUGUAACCCGCUAGAGCCUGACAUCUUUUUCGUCAAUCACCGGAAAAUGUCUGAGCUCCUGUAUCAUCUGACAAGGUGUGGGAAAACCGAUGACCUGCUUUAUGGAAUCAUUAUGAACUUCAGUUGGCUUUACACCAUGAUCAAGAUUGGCCAGUUUGACAAAGUGCUUGCGGACAUAGAGCUGGCCUACAACUACUCGCAAGAGAAAGAGCUGAAGUUCCUCGCCAGCACGCUCCGUGGCAUCAGAAAUAAGGUCAUCACCUUCCCAGGCUCCCUUUCGGCGGAGCUUCAGCAAAGGCUGCUGCCUGUGGUGAGUUCCCUACCCAAGCUUAGACAUCUUCUUUUAGAAUGUGACAAAGAUGGACCCAAAUACUGCUCCAUUGUUCCUCUUCAUUCCUCCAUGGACGUGACAUACAGCCCCGAGCGUCUCCCCUUAGCAGCCAGUCACCUACACGUCACAGAGAUUCUGCCCACCUGUAACCCCAGCACGGUUCUCACAGCGUUAGAAAAUGGAUCCAUCAGCACAUGGGAUGUAGAAACUCGCCAGCUACUCAGGCAAAUCACCACAGCCCAGUCUGUCAUCUUGGGCAUGAAGCUCACCGGUGACGAGAAGUACCUCGUGGUUGCUACGACAAAUAACACCUUGCUGAUUUAUGACAACGUCAAUUCCUGUCUUCUGUCUGAGGUGGAAAUCAAAGGGACCAAGCACGGGAGUGGCUCCACCUACAUCAACGGAUUCACACUCUCUGUCAAGCAUGCCCUCGCGUGGCUGGAGGCCAGCAAAGAUGUCACCGUCAUCGAUCUGCUCUACGGAUGGCCCCUUUACCAGUUCCACUGCUGGUAUGAAGUGACCUGUGUCCAGUGCUCUCUGGAUGGGGUGUACGCUUUCUGUGGCCAGUACCUCAACAAUACCACCAUUUUCCACUUAGGGAGUGGAGAAAAGUUAUGCACCGUGACGUCAGAAUUUUCAGGUGGCUUUGUAAAGUUUCUCCUCAUCUUGGACACAGCUCAAGAGAUGGUCAUGGUGGACAGUGAGGGAAGCCUCUCUGUCUGGAAUACAGAGGACAUAUCCAACCCCCAGCUGACGGAAGACUUUGACUGCCGAAAAGAAGACAGCGAGGUGGUGAGCAUCGAACUUUCGGAAGACCAGAGUGCAAUUCUCAUCUGCAAAGCUCUGAGCAUUGAACUCUUGGACACUGGCAUGUGGAAGGUAGCUGAGAAGUUCAGGGCCAGACACAACGAGCGAUUUAUAUCCGCCGUGCUCUCCAAAAAUGGAGACUGCAUCAUUGCCACCAUGGAGAGUACGCCAGCAGUGUUCUUCUGGAGGCGGGACACAGGCCAGUGCAUGGCAAGCCUGCAGGAAAUCUCAGGUACCAUAGUUAAGUUGGUAAAAUCUAGUCACCACAAUAUGCUGCUGUCCUUGUCAACCAAUGGUGUUCUUUCCAUUUGGGAUAUAGACAUAAUCACAGCUAUGUCCAACAUAGAUAAAACUGGAAAGCCCAUCCAGAGUCUGGUGUUGCCAACCAGAGGGGAAAUCAUCUACUCUCUCGAUGGCUCGGACUGCGUCCAUAAGUGGAACUUCAGCAGUGGGUUCAUUGAAGCAGUAUUUAAGCAUGAAGGGAUAGUUGAACACUGUGUAUUAACAUCCACUGGAGACAUAAUGGUGACAUCGGACGACAAAAGCAGCCAAUACGUCUGGCAUACCAGCAGCGGGGAAAACCUCUUCCGAAUCAACGGGCAGAGGAUAUCUCAGCUUCUGAUCACGCAUAAUGACCAGUUUGUGGUCUCUCUGUGUGAGGAAAAUGCCUCCAGGGUUUGGAGACUGGCCACGGGCCACAGGGUCUGCAACAUCUUGACCACGUUGCAAAACGCCUUUAUCACCUCUGCAAACACCUUCGUGGUAGGAAUGACGAAAAGCAAAGUGCUGGCAGUCAGUCUUUGGACAGGGAGCAUCACCAAGAAAUUUUGCUGCGAGGAUGGGAUCACCAUCGUGAAUUUUAAGUUGAUCCCCGACUGCCCUGACAUUGUCGUGUUUAUCACAUCCGCUGAGACGGUAAACAUCUGGAGUCUGACCGAGGAAGUGAUCUGCCGGCGUGUGCAGCUUCCAAGCAACUUCUUGAAAAACCUGGAGGAUUUUGAAAUUUCUCCCAAUGGGAAGCUAGGCAUCAUAUCCCGGGGAGAUGAGAAUAUCAAUGUGCUAGAUUUACACAGUGGAAAAUUGAGGGUGGUUCACGCCUCUGGGGUCAUCUGGAGGCAGAAACUCUCUCGAGAUGGUCGCUACCUGGUAUAUAUUUGUUUCCGGAACGGGGAAGAGGAGGAGGAGGAAAAUGAUGCAGUAUCUAGCUUAAUCGUAAUGAGACUGGCUGAUGGCAAAAACAUCGGUGCUUGCUCCCUUUACAAAACGCCAACUUUCCUGGCACUCUCCCAGAGACACCUGAACAUCAUUGUCGGCUUUGACGACGGGAGUAUAGGAAUAUACACAGUUGUGGACCGCGUAGAUGCUGCGCUGAAAAUCAAAAUUGCCACCUCCAACAGCAGGCAGAUUUUCAACAAUGCAACACAGACAUCCAGGCCAAAGUCGAGCAGCUACUCCUUCAAACUGUCUGUGGACUGCCUCUGGAGAGAGUCCACUGAGGUCUUUGCAAGAGACAGCCCUAUCACGGUGAGUGACUCCUCAGAGUCCAACGAGGCAACACCCUCCAAGAAACACAACUCGUGUUAUGACCGGGUGUGUGCUGCCCUAGAAUCCCGAGGCCACAGUUAUACGCCAGAUAACUGAUGUGAUGCGUAUCCUGUUCAAGUGAAAUACAUAAUCCACAUACAAUAGAAAAAAAAAAGCAAAGUGCGUCUUCUGCAUCAUAAAUGAUAAGCUGCUUAUUUCUUAAAAGCAGGGAAGAUCUGAAACUCUCAAUUACCAAUACCCUCAUGAGAAGAACAGAACAAUGAGACUCAACUCGGGUGCCAUCUUUCAGUCCAGAUGUAUUAGGCAAAUAGAGAACUUCUCUAUGUGAUAGUAAAUGGCCAUUUCGCCUAGAAGAGAGAGAAUCAAGUCUUUUAAAUUUGCUGUGUAACAAGAAUUAGCACAAUUCACUACACUGAUGCAGAGGAGAGAAACUAGAUCUGUAGGUAGAGCUGUUGGACUGGAAUCAGUUCCACCGAAGCCAGUUGGAGUCAUGAGAGCAGGGAGCUCUCUGGCCCUGCAUGGUGGUGUCAUAGCAAACUGCGGCCUUAAUCUCUCUUUACGUGUCUCACUCCUGACAACUGUGUAACCCUAGUCUGCACACAAGAGGUCUAACGGUGCAAACAUGUGUAAGAAAGACGUCCAGAUGUGUUCCAGUUUCCCAAGACGCCACAUAAAAAUGUGAGAUGGCAAACAGACUGGGACAAUAUCUAACUACCACUAUUAUAGGGCUAUUGAACAUGGGGAGUCAGUCUUUACUAAAACACACUCACAACGACUGCAUGCCCAGGUUUCUGUGUAAUGGAAUAUAUCAUUUUUAAACUGUUUCUGUCUUGGAUUGCAAGAGAACUCACUUGAUAAGAAACUGCAAUCUUUUCACACCUUUUCUUGAGAUGCGUCUUUGUGCUGAGCGUAAAGAAUUACAGAAAGGGCAUCACAAACUUGGCUGAAACACUGCUCCUUCCUUUCAUUGUACUGGCAAGAGUCUGUGCUCUUCAGUCGGCUGUUGGGAAACCCAAGUUACUUCCCAGACCCCUGCAGUAUCUCUUCAUAGAAAGCGAGCUUUUGAAACACGCCAUUUCUGAACCACUGAUGACAUUGCCUUACUCUCAUUCAUCCUCUCCUGUGUGACGUGACCAAGUACUCUGCGAUACACUGAAUAUGCCUGUCUCUGUGCUAAAACAGUCUGUACAUCGUAAGGGUGUCCAAAGGUUCUUAUCAGCGCUGUUUGUAAUCACUUUCUUACUUCUACACACUGUAUGUAUGCUUCUUUAUCCGCUCCACUUCCAGACCUGAGGACUUUUCUAGUCUUGCCAUUUCAAAGCAGAAACUCUGAAAUGGUAU